CAACAACCAAACCUUUGUUGUUUCUUUUUUUUUCCAUCUCUUUUUUUUUUCCUCUCAUACAGAGCUGUGCUCUGUCAAGCCAAACUAAUACCCAAAGAAAAAAAAAAAAAACGAAAUUCGGUAGCUUGCUGGUCUUGCUACUCAGUUGUUUAAUCAUCUUCUACUACCAAAGAAACAACUCUGGUUCAAACUUGCUCGUCACGCUCUCCGGCGCAAAAGACAUUCUCUCAGGACACUUUUAAUAUUCUUUUCAGCACUCGAUCUUUUCUAAUAACGAAGUCAAAAAUGUCCGCCAUCCAGCUCUCCUUCUCUCUCCGCGUCUCCUCGGGCGUCAAGACGGUCCACCUCCUCGGCUCGUGGGACAACUACACCGGCCAGCUCCCUCUCUCCAAGGACAAGAGCUCCUCCAAGGGCACCUGGAAGGGCACCUUCCGCUUCCAGCAGUCCACCCUCCAGCCCGGCCAGCGAUACUGGUACUACUACAUCAUCGACGGCUACCACGUCUCGCACAACCCCAGCGUGGACUCCACCGUCGAACCCACCACUGGCCGCGCCCUGAACAUCCUCGACGUGCCCAAGGUCAAGUCCUCCUCGUCUUCCAAGUCGUCCUCCCGCAAGUCGACCUCGUCCUCCUCCUGCAGGAGCUCGCGCGCCUCGAUCAGCAGCGACAUCCCCAAGGGCCGGCCCCUGUCCAUCUCCCAGAUCAAGGCCCCCAAGCCCGUGUCGCCCAACGCCACCCGCCACAUUCUGGACAACGACUUUGACGAGGAGGAGCUCAGCAGCCGCUUCGCCUCCACCGGUAUCUACGACGAUGACUACUACUAUGACGAUGAGGACGUCAUCACCGACUUUGGCGCCCCCGGCUCCCCGGUCUCCUCGGUCGGCUCCUCGCUCUCGUAUCACUCCGACAGCUCCGGCUCGUCGGGCUACAGCACCCCGGCCUCGGAGUGCUCCAGCUGCACCUGCGAGCGCUACGGCAUCACCCGAAAGGGCGAGCGCGUCCGCCUCGACUGCGGCGGCUCCCGCUGCGCCUACGACGACUCGUCGUGCUCCUCCUCGGAGGACGAGGCCGAGUACAUCGAGCGCAGCUCCCGCCGCAACGGCAUCGUCGUCCGCGCUUAAGUCGGCUGUCCGCCACGGUUGCCUCGGGCAGAGGCAAUGGAAGAGGUUGUUCAUUCUUGGUGUUCUUGUUGUCAACACAGACUUGGGGCUGAAUAAGAGGGCCAGAGGCGUUGUGAUUCCCCUUGCCGAAUCUGCCUCACAGUUCUGUCCUCCGGUGUUUCUUGUUUUCUACCGAGAUUCACCACAAGUCGACACACACCAUCCGUCCGUUACCGGACAUUCAAUAUCCGCAGGGAGAAGAGACUUGAUCGGACGAUGGCUAGUUUCAACUCGCUCACUUCGUUGUUAUGAAACACACCAGCGGUGAGCCCCCGUUGGCUGUCUCGGGGAUCUCACAAACCCCCUUCCCUCCUUCCCUCCUUUCUCGGCACGUCUGAAAGGGGGACAGGUCGGCUCGGCUGGUUCGAGCCCUCCCUGCUCCCGCUUAGCCGUUGUCGUUCUCGGGGUCGGAGAAGAGUCCCCAGUUGGCCUGCGCUCCCGUUAGCGUGUGCGUCUCCCUCCCGCUUCCUCGCGAAGAAGGAAGGGGGAGGCACUCGAUGGCUGCCUGGCCCUGUCUUGAGAUGUAAUACUCUCUUGCGUUCUCUCAUUUUGUUGCGGCAUCGCAUACGACAAACCUCGGCCGGAGUACUGUGCUCCCCCUGGCGGGGAGUGCGGUCCAGCUCUCGGCAACGAAGAACCAUGACAAGCAGAGAGAGUAUCUGCUUGUGGGGAGGGACAAGUUGUGAACCCCCUCCGGUUUCCUGCUUCUAGGGGAUGGUUUUCUUGAGCAGGGGCCCGCCUGUUGGGGACUUGGACAAGCUUGUGGCCUCGCGACCCGGCCUCAAUUGUUUUGCAUGGAAGGGUCUGAGCUAGCCCAUUUUCUGAUUGACGGUGAUGGUGAUGAUGGGGGGUUAUGACAGCGGCAACCCCCACUUGUGAUGGGGAGUUGGCCAAUCCCGUUUUCGCCUGUAGUUAGUACUCUUGCCGCUACCGAGUGUAUGUAACUACUGCAAUGAACUGUCUACCUGCCUGUAUCUGUUGCCUCCUGGGGAUCUUUGCCACGUGGAAUGUCUUGUGGCUACGAAGUUGAAUGACUGCGGGAAGCUUCACUUGUAAUCCAUACUGUUUAUGACGGAAUAUGGAGCAAUCCCGUCUCCUUGGUUGUCAUAUUCAAAUCUCUGCCUGAGAGCCUUUCAAUGGCAGAGUGAUUCUUCUCAUUGAGGAGAUAGUCGCUAUGCAGAGUUCUAAAGAAAUAAUAUGCAAUGAAAGUCGUUAACCGCU